AUGCCAGCUGAAAUUAUACCCAACAAGGAGAAUGGAAUUUGCAACUCGUCAGCGACCGAUUCCCAGAAGCAAGACGGCCCUGAUAACGAUCCGAACGAGCCUCCUUACCCAACAGGUAUUACACUAGGCCUGAUAGUUUUUGCACUGUUCUGCUCAGUCUUCAUUGUAGCCGUUAGCCAGACCGUUUUGGCCACGGCCAUUCCAACAAUUACGAGCGUAUUCAACAGCUCUGAUGAUAUUGCAUGGUAUAGCACAGGAGAACAGAUCACGGCUGUGGCAUUUCAGCUUCCCUUCGGACAGGCCUACUCGCUUUUCAACAACAAAUGGACUUUCUUGGCUUCGGUGCUCAUAUACCUGGUUGGAAGUGCUGUCUGUGGCGCCGCACCUUCAUCAGCCGCAUUGAUUGUUGGGAGAGCAGUCCAGGGAGUUGGAAUGGCGGGAGUGUUCGGUGGUUCAUUUAUCGUCAUUGCUCGCAUCACUCCGCUCCGGAAGCGAAGCCUAUUUGCCGGCUUGUUUGGUGCUGCAUAUGCCAUUGCUAGUGUUGUCGGUCCUGUCAUGGUCAAUCUACCCAUUGGAGCCGUAGUAGUUGCAGUCGUCUUUUUAUGCCUACCCUUGUCUCUGUGCAAAACUUCGACGGAACUGAAGACGUUGGGCCCGCUACAGUUGGCAAAGCGCUUCGACCUUCUUGGCACGAUUCUCUUACUCUCUUCUCUGGUUUGCUUAAUGUUGGCUUUGCAAUGGGGUGGCGGCCAAUACCCCUGGAGCGAUGGCCGUGUCAUUACGGUCCUGGUGGUAUUUGCGAUCACCAUGCUCCCUUGGAUGGUGCUGCAAUACUUCCAGGGUGACAACGCGACAGUACCUCUCAGCGUUGUAAAUCGAAGAUCUGUCGCAUCAUCUAAUUUGUAUUUACUAUUCCUGAACGGAGCGUUCGGAGUUUCCAUCUUCUAUCUGCCUGUUUGGUUCCAAUCGAUCGAGAGCGACAAUGCUGAAGCGUCUGGCUUGAAGCAAUUGGCUCUCUGCAUCAGCACUGCUGUCGGCUCAAUUGUUGCUGGCGGACUGGUCAUGGCCAUUGGCUUUUACAACCCCUUUGUUAUCCUUGGCUCCCUCCUGGUCACAGCUGGUUCUGCACUUCUGAUGACCAUUAGAGCUGACACGGGUCUUGGCAUAUUAAUCGGCGCCCAGAUUUUGGUCGGCACAGGCGUCGGUGUGGGAGCUGAGCAAGCCAACGUGGCUGUCCAGACAGUGCUGCCAAACGAGAUGAUUGCCAAGGGAACAAGCUUAACGCUCUUUACGAGACUUUUAGGAGUUGCCUUGUCUGUCCCUAUCGCCCAAAGUGUUCUCCAACAGGAACUAUCGAAGAAACUUGGCGCCUCUGUUGCAGCAACCAUUUACGGCGACGGCGGAGCAACGCAUAUCAAAGAUAAUCUGCAAAUUAUCUUCGGCAACGGUACUUCCGAGUAUCAGGAUGCCUUGGGUAAGGUCAACAGUGCCUUGACGAGGACUUUCAUGCUCGCCAUGAUUCUUGCUGCCAUCUCAUUCCCUUUUGGUGCCCUCUUGGAAUGGAAGAGCGUCAAGAAGGAAAAGAGGGGAUUUGACGAUGCGAAGGAGAAGAAAUGA